UUUAUAAUUUUAUACAAAAUAUCAAAAAUAAAUAUGGAUAAUUUGGAAUUGACAAACAAUCGAAUUAAAAAACUUUUCGAGCGUACAAAGAAUAAUCAAAAUUUACUUUUAAUUGAGGCAACUGUUGAUACUGGUUUCGAAAAAGUUGCUAUUGAAGAGCUUUUAAUAAAAUUUUCUGAAUUAAAUGAAAAUGAUUAUUGUUUAAGUCCAGGUCGAAUUUAUUUUUGCAUAGAAAUUCUUGAAUUAACAAAGAUAAAUAAUUUACGAUCAGUGGAUAACUUUUCAAUAGUAAUAUAUUCAGAUAAUUUAAAUUUCGUUAGUGACAAGGACGAAGAUUUAAAUAUUUUUAAGGACUUAGCCAAUACUAUCGAAUUUUCUAAAGGUUUAUCGGUUUGGUCGAAUUUCACUGACUGUCCAAUACAAUUUAACGAUUCGGAUUCGUUUACAAGUACCGAAUUCAAAUUUCGUAUAACGGGAAUUAGAUCGUAUAAACAUGCGUUCACAUCAAUGGAAGCCGCUUCUCAUUUUGGGGGUGUAAUUAAUGAUCGAUUUCUUUGGCCAGUAUCAAUGGUUGAAUUUCAUUUGGAAAUUCUUUUAUAUAUUGUUGCAGAUCGUGUGACGGUUGCUUUAAAAUUAACACGAAGAUCAAAUCAUCGACGGAACAUAGCGUUUUUUGGACCAACAACUUUAAGAGCAACUGUUUGUUAUAAUUUAUUAUUAUUGGCCAAACCAAAACCUGGUGACGUCAUUGUAGAUCCAUUAUGUGGAGGGGGCUCGAUACCUAUCGAAUGCGCAUUAGCUUUUCCAGAAACUGUGAUAUUUUGUGGGGACAAUCAUGAGCGUGCUAUCGAACGAACAUGCAACAAUUUAGAGGCCAUUCCAAAUAUUUUAGUUCAUCAUUUUGCAUGGGAUGCAACAAACCUUCCCUUUAAAGAUAACAGUGUCGAUGUUAUUGUUACAGAUUUGCCUUUUGGAAAACGUUCCGGCUCCUUUUCAGAUAAUCGUGUAUUGUAUAUGAAAAUUUUAAUAGAAUUUGGACGAAUUGCUAAACCGAAUGUUACGCGAAUGGUGCUUUUAACAAAUGAUCGUAGAAGUUUAUUAAAUGCAAUGAAUAAAAAUAAAAAACAGUAUUGGAACAAAGGUCAAUUAUUGGCUGUUAAAUUAGGGGGCUUAAAACCAUUAGUCUCAUGUUUCAAACGAAAUAAAUUGAUAUAUGAACCUUAAA